AUGCCGUGUCGAAUCAAAGGAGUCGAUAUUCAUUGCCCUACUGAUUUUCUACAAGAGUUCCUGUCCACUUGUGUCACCACUUCUUGCAUCAAUGGAGGAUCGUGUCUGGACAGUGGCAAUGGAUUUCGAUGCACCUGUGUGUCACCGUUUCAUGGACCAUUUUGUCAAUUCGAUGGCAAUCAAACGACGUCCGCCUGGUCGAUUCUCGAGAUCGGUCUCUUAUGCCUUCUCUCAGCAAUGAUUCUUUUCACAAUUUUUCUGAUCUGUUGCGGAAAUAAUUUUGGUUUUUACGUCAGUGUGCCGACAAAAAGAUAUAGCCGAUGGGAAGAAGCUGACAUAUCGGAUGACGAGGAAGAUCAAGAGAUUGCACUCGGCGACUUGAAAGAUCUCAAAAUGAAAUCCUCAAAAACGGCGGAAACAAUCGUCGACGAGACGGAUUCAACCGAAUCGAACAAUCAAAAUGGAGCAUCUUGUAGUCGAUACGGUGUAGUGGCUCUU